AUGGUCCCCAACGUUGACGAGGCGGAUAACCUCGCCCGCAUGGAGCGGGGCGAGCUGUACUAUGCUUUCACCCCCAAUCUUGUGGCAGCCAGACGACGCUGUGGCGAAGCAGUCGGCCGGUUCAACAGGGCAGGCGACUUGACCAGGCGAGAAAUAGCACAUCAUUGGAAAGAGAUAACGAAUGACGACACCCCUCUCCCUGCCCCUGGCGCAUCGACUGAAGAAGAUGACCAAGUAUUGCAGAAUUAUCCCUGGAUUGAGAGGCCCAUCAACAUCGAUUAUGGAACCAACAUCAAAGUUGGCGUGAAUGUCUUCAUCAACUUCAACUGCACGAUAAUCGAUACGUGCCUUGUAUCCAUUGGGUCCCGAACCAUGUUUGGCCCAAACGUCUCCCUCUACAGCGGGACUCACCCACUGGACCCGGACCUGCGGGAUGGCACGAAUGGCCCAGAAUAUGGAAAGCCUAUCACGAUCGGAGAUGACUGCUGGCUGGCGGGAAACGUCGUCAUCCUUCCCGGAGUGACGAUCGGCAAUGGCUGUGUAGUGGGAGCAGGAAGCGUGGUUACUAAGGACGUCCCGCCUUACCAUUUCAUUCGCACUUCUGCCUCGCAACCCCGUACAUUGACGUUCUUCACCACAAAGCCUUCUGAAACACAGAGUGUUGAGCUUCAAGGCGUAGCCCAAGAUCCAGCGAUCACCAACGAUGAUACCUCCGCUCAAUCCUUGCCCCCCGCAGAUAAAGGCACGCUUGCCUGGAAGUUCCUGUUUGGUUCCUUCAUUGUCGAGGCGGUGUUAUGGGGAUUUCCGCUGUCAUACGGCGUGUUCCAGGACUACUACACCAAACAUCCAAGUUUCCAGCAAGACUCCAAUAUCGCCGUGAUCGGCACCGUAGCGACGAGCGUCUACUUCCUCGGCGGCCCGAUGGCAACACCUCUGGUGGCGCGCUUUCAGGCGUGGCAGCGACACAUGAUUGUCGUCGGCUUGCUGGGCUGCUGCGUUUCACUCGCUGUCGCAUCGUUCAUGUCAUCAGUGCCCGGCUUGAUUGCCACGCAGGGCGUCCUCUACGGCUUCGCGUUUACCCUGCUGUACUACCCCGUCCUGCGCAUGCUGAAUGAGUGGUUUGUCCAUCGACGGGGGUUUGCUUUCGGUAUCAUGUCGACUGGCGCUGGAUGCAGUGGUACAACGCUCCGGGCAAUGGCGGUUGUCCAAUUCGUCACCAUCUUGCCUGUGAUACCGCUCCUCAAGGGGCGCUUGCCAGUUUCCAGGCAAGGCACCCUCCGCAAAGACGACUUUGGGUUCUUCAAGAAGCCGCUGUUCUACUGCUUCGCGUUCGUUAAUCUCCUCGAGGCCCUGGGGUAUUACAUCCCAUCUCUGCGGCCCUCAUGGCGGGUAGGGUGA